AAAAAGCCUGGCAGAUGAAAAGUCUCAGCCGCUUGCAAAACUGGCCUGGGAUUUUUUUUGGUUAGGGCAGAUAGCAAGGGGAUCCUUAUGCAGCACCACGUGAAAUGAACAAAGCUCCACAGCCCUCAGGAGGAACCCCAUCAGCCCCACACCCUUCCCCUUCUCCUGGACUUCCACAGCAGGCAGCAUUUCCUCCUGGCCAGACGACACCUGUGGUUUUUAACCCAGCGCAAGCUACCCAAAUGAAUACGCCUUCCCAGCCUCGACAGUUUCCAGCAGGGCCUCGUGCUUUACAUCAGCAGGGAGGAUUCAGGUCUCUUCAGCAUUUCUACCAGAGCAGGGCCCAGCCUCCGACAAGUGCUUCCCGAGUGCAGAGUAAUACGUCGGCUCGGCCUGGCCCACCCACUCAUGUUUAUCCAGCUGCUUCCCAGGUGAUGAUGAUCCCCUCACAGAUCUCCUACCCUGCUUCGCAAGGCGCCUACUACAUCCCUGGACAGGGACGUUCCACGUAUGUUGUUCCGACACAGCAGUAUCCUGUCCCGCCAGGUGCCCCCAGCUUUUAUCCUGCAGCCAGCCCCACAGAAUUCAGCACCUAUGGUGCCUAUUACCCAGCCCAGAGUGUGCAGCAGUUCCCAGCUGCCCAGGUCAUGAUGAAUCAACAGCCACCAAUCCCGCCAAAGCGAGAGCGCAAGACGGUG